AUGGACGAGUUGACUAUCAAAGUGGUGAGCGGCACGUCCGAGGACCUGCACGUGCACGUGGACCUGGCGUCGGCCUCAGUGCUGACGCUUAAGCAGCAGAUUGAGCAGCAGAAUGCGCAGCGUUUCCCCGUGGCUGCGCAGCGUCUGAUUUUCCAGGGGCAGAUCCUGCAGGACGACAAGAAGCUGGCCGACUACCACGUGGCUGCGGGUUGUGCGCUGCACUUGACUAUCAGUCCAGGUGCCGUAGCAGCAGCUAAUAGAGCAGCAACAACGGGACCGGCGCCUCCCACUCAACUGCGGACGUUCCUGCAGCAGAUGCGCGACUACGAGUCGCACGAACAGUACGCGACGGCGGUGCGUACGCUCCAGAAGAUCUGUGCCAACAUUGUGGGCCACCCCAACGAGGAGAAGUACAGGAAGCUGAGGGUGGACAACGCUGCGCUCAAAGCCAAAUUAUUCGACCGGACGAGGGGACAGGAUAGCGUCAAGCUGCUCGGGUUCCAAGAUGGCGUCCAAGCGGGACAUUUGGUGCUGGUGCCGACACCUGAGAAAUGGGAGAAUUUGGUGGCGUGCAAGGCAGUUGUGGACUCCAUAGUGACGACGUUGGGAGGUGCAGCACCCGCUGCAGCGUCGCCGUUUGGAGCGUCAAUGGGAGGCUUUGGCGGACUGGGAGGAGACUUUGCAUCACAGGCGCAGACUUUGUUGCAAAACCCAGCGAUGUUGCAGUCCAUGGCGAACAACCCCAUGGUACAGCAAAUGGCCCAGCAGAAUCCCAUGCUUGCCCAGGCGCUACAGAACCCGGCGUUGCUGGCGCAGUCCAUGCAGGCGCUGCAGCAGAAUCCGGCGAUGGUGCAACAGAUGAGCCAAAUGAUGAGCGACCCGAACGCCAUGGCGCGCAUGCAGCAGAUGAUGGCAGGAGGCAUGGGCGGUCUUGGUGGGUUCGGAGGGUCUCCGUUCGGCGCCGCAGCACCGUCCUCAGCUGCCAACCCGUUCGCUGCCGGCUCUAACACGGCCAACCCGUUCGCUAGCGCGCCGACACCCGCAGCUCCGACCGCACCUGUCCCGACUCCAGCCCCUGCUUCUGCUGCUUCGUCCACCCCUGUGGCACCCAAUUCCGCUGCAACUUCGACCGACAACGCAGACGAAGAGGACGAGAUCGCUCAAGCCAUCGCACGAUCGCUGCAGGAUCAGUAG